AUGGCGAUCCGCCCAAACAGUCUUCUCCCGGGUAACGUUUAUUCGCUAGAGCUACAGAUUGCCAAUCUGGCAGGCCGCAGUCCAGGAUUGGUCACCCUCAACUUUGUGGUCAAUUACCCGCCAUACAACGGGACCUGUGGAAUCACUCCUGAUACAGGUUAUGCAGCGCUUGACAGUUUUCAUUUGGAGUGCCACCACUGGCUGGACGAGGGAACAAACACUAGCCGAUCAGACCAGGACAUGGGCGAUCAUCUGUGGUACGAGUUCCUUCUCCUGGUGGACACCAAGUCUAGUCUGCUGUAUGCCGGGGAGAGCCGGAGGGCGCCCCCUGUGGAGCUGACACCUGGACGAGAAGAGGACGGCUACCACGUGACCAUCCUAGCCAACAUUUACGACGCAAAUAAUGGGAUGGCACAAUUCAACAUUACCGCGCGGGUGCUGCCACCACUAAAGCGUUACUCGGCCAUUACCAAUAAGACGGACGUGGACACGGUCAUUGGAAAGUUGGACAAUCGACUAGAGCGGGCUGUUAUCACCGGGGAUAUAGCCACUGUGGCGAGGGUGACCCAGGCUUCUGCGUCCGUUUUGAACGUCCUGGAUCUUCCUGGAGAGAACUCGACAUUGACAAAUGACCCAGACCCAUGGUUAAGUUCCAAACCUGCUGAUCUCCCAAAAGGAAACGAAAGUGCCAAGGCAUGGGGAACUUUAUGGGCCGAUCUAGAGUCUCCAACAGACACCCACAUGAAAGCCUCAUUACAAUCUGCAACAUGGAGAUUUGCCGACUCGCUUUCCUCGACCUUGGACACUAUUAAUGUGACGUCAACAGAAAUUGUGCAUCACGUGACAGGCAGUUUGUCAGUCGUCAUGAAAAACCCUUCCCGAAUUCCAGACGACGCUUUGAAUAAAGCUGGGGAAACUCUGAAAAAGCUGGGAAAUUCACUGGAAAACGUUGUCCAUGAGGAUAUGAGCGAUACUCACGUGGGCACAGUUCUGGACGCAAUGCUGAACUCAGUGGCGGGUGUUAUGAAAGCCGCAAGUCCGGGGGAAAACAUACCCAGCGACAUCAUUUCCGUUAGCGAAGCUCUGAGAGAGAUCGAAAAAAGCCGAAGCUACACGGACAAAGAGAAGGACUCAGACACAAAGCUCCGUCUGGAGGGAAGUGAUCUUCGUGACGAAGAAAGGGCAUUUCUGUAUGUCCGCAAAUCUGCACAACGGAGAUACGAAUAUAACAAAAGACACAGUGUGGCUAGAGCUGUGACCAAGCAGUUGACACACUCCGUUGACCGUGUGUUACAUGCUGCGUCCACGUUUCUCGUGCUGGGUCAGCAACCCGUGAUGUUACAGAACGAUGACAUCUCUGCAAGUGUCGCCCGAGACACUUUGUAUAGAUUCCUGAAUCGUACUCACCAGACAGGAGACAUCCGCCUGUACACCCACCCCUCACUCGACUCUUCAUCUGUGGGCGAAUCGGUUGAAGUGAUUUUGAAGACCAGCGUGUACACCAAAAAUCAGUUUCUCAUGGGGGAUAGAAAGGAAGGUAACAAUGUCGCUGCUGUCCAGAUGGGCUUUGUUUUUGAGGAGCUUCCCGACGAUGACCGAGCGGUUCCUAACAUUAGCUUGAAGCAUGAGCUCGCUGUUCCCGUCCCAGAACAAGUCACCUUCAGGACCACAGUACCUGAAUACAUUCCCCUGGAUAGAGACAAGCUGCUCUACCAUCGACUCGAACUGUCCUCCAUCCGUUACAGCGCCAUCAUAUACUUGAGGCCUUCUAUAGCCAACACAGGGUACGAGGCCUUCUUCCGUUCCGGGAACUUCCCAACGGCUAAGACAUAUGAUUACAGGACGGAGUCAGAACCUGUGGGACCGGGAAACGAUCUUAAGCACGCGAGGAGGCCGAAUAUGCCCGAAAGCCUGGAAGUGUAUGAACCCAUGUCUAUGGAUAGCGCGAAUUUCAGUAAAAUUAUGGAGGCAAAUUUCGACGUAGGUGUUGUGACGUUGGAGUGUAGCGCAUGGGAGGAGGGUGCAGAUGAGUGGGACAGCGAGCUAUGUGAGUUUAGCGAGAAGUCCAGCUUAGAAGAAACAGUGUGUUCGUGCGAUCAUCCUGUGUUGUCGAUGCUGAAUGCGGCUCAGAAUUUCGUCGUCCCAGUGAACACUAUAGACUUCUCCACCAUAUUUGCCAAGAUUGACCUUCGCAACAACGCAUCUGUAUUCGCCUGCGUUCUGACACUGCUCAGCUUGUAUGUCAUACUGGCCUUUUGGGCUCGACGAAAAGAUCAGGGCGAUGUGCUGAAGUGGGGAAUUACGUCUCUGGCGGACAACCACUCGAAGGACCGUUAUCUCUACAUCAUAACAGUGUACACCGGCAUGCGUCUUGGUGCUGGUACCAGGUCACGCGUAGGCUUUGCCGUCGUGGGCGACGACUCCGACACCGGCUUACGACUUCUCAAUGAUGGUAUACGGAAGGAAAUCUCCAGCCGCAGUGUCAUGCACUUCCUGUUGGCCGUCCCCAGAUCAUUGGGAAAUCUCCAGUAUAUGAGGAUCUGGCACGAUAACUCCGGGCAGGGAAGUAUGGCCUCCUGGUUUUUGCAUAAAGUCGUCAUCGAGGAUAUCCAAACUGACAGACGAUAUAUUUUUAACUGUGGCCGUUGGCUUGCAGUAGAGAAGGACGAUGGAAUGAUAGAGCGACUACUUCCGGUCACUGCUAAACAAGACCUGGUGACGUUCAAGGGGCUGUUCUACAACAACACGCGAAAGAAUUUCACGGACAACCAUCUGUGGUUCUCAGUGAUCCUGCGGCCCCAGCGGAGCCAGUUCACCCGUCUCCAGCGCCUCUCCUGCUGCCUCAGUCUGCUUUUCCUAGCCAUGUUAAGCAAUGCCAUGUUUUACCAUACAGGGGAGAACGUCGUCAACCCCACGGUUGUCAACAUGGGCAUCUUCCGCUUUUCUCUCCAGCAGCUGUACAUCUCCGUUAUCUGCCUCCUCAUCGUCACGCCCGUCAACAUCCUCAUCGUCUGGAUGUUCAAGAAGUCCAAGGCUCAUUGGCAUAAGCUAGAUACAUCUCAGGACCACGGUUGUGGCUGUUGCGCUAUCCCACUUUUAUUCCGGACUUCCGAAGAGCAAAAGAAGCUACAGAGAGCCCUGGUCACACGUGGCUUCCACAGUGAGAAAGAAAGACGACUACCCCAUUUCUGUGUGUAUAUAGCCUGGGUGGUUAUAUUCCUUUGUGUGACCAUAUCCGCCUUCUUCCUGUUCCUGUACAGCCAGCAAUGGGGGAAAGCCAAAACCGAGGAGUGGCUCACAUCAUUCCUACUAUCGUUUAUAGAAAGCCUCUUCGUUAUAGACCCUCUAAAGGUGCUUGUUGUUGCUGCUCUCUUUGCUAUUUUCAUUCGGAAGCCGGAAGAAAGUGCAAGUGAAGGAUUUGACAAAGCGGAAAUUAAAACUAGCCAGCCGGUUAUGGGACUUACAGAAGAUGGAGAGCGGAAAUCCAUGGAGCCCUUGAGCGGAGAAGAUCUGAAAAACGCGCAGGCGGCUAGACACAAGGAAACCAAAGCCUUCGGCGUCUUGCGAGAAAUCAUACUCUACAUCAUUUUCCUGUUUAUAGUGUACACGAUUGGGUACAGCAAUCGGGACAACCGCGGCUUUAACUUCCAUCAAAACAUGCUACACACCAUGAUGACCCCUAAACAGACCAUUGGUUUGACACAGGUCCACACCACAGAGACCUUUUUCCAGUGGCUGAAUAAGACAGUCUUCCCAGCUUUAUUUCAAGAAAACUAUUACCAAGGCUCAAGGCGUCGUUGGUGGGAGAGGUAUUAUAUCCGAGACUGGCAGAAUUACAGGGUGGGGCCACCCAGAAUGCGCCAGGUUAGAAGUCCAUCCAUUGAAAUGUGUUUUAAGAAGAUAAUGGGAGAAACACCCUGUAAUGACAGAUACCAUUUGUACCAUCAGGAGGCCAAAGACUUCUGUUUAGGUUGGAAAGAACCGCCUUGCCCGGAAGAAGAAUCCGUUUAUCAGUUUACAUCAAAUGCUUGGAAAUUCACUUCGUACACGGAUGCUUUAAGCAUGCCGUUGUUUGGCUACUACAACACCUACAGUGGAGGGGGCUACAUUGCUGAGCUAGACGUCAACUUGGAUGUGUCACAGAAGAUCUUAGAGGAGCUGUUCUCUGAGCUGUGGGUGGACAGACAAACCCGCGCGGUAAUCAUUGAGUACACUGUGUUUAAUGCCAACACCAACCUGUUUUGUUAUGUUAACCUCAUGGCGGAGUUUCCGGAAACCGGAGGUGUACUAACAUACUACAUCAUCAGGCCGAUCCGGAUAUACCAGCACACGGGAGCACUAGGCGCUUACAUCUUCUUCAAUGAAAUGAUAUUUGUUGUUGUCGUUUUCAUAGCAGCGAUCAAGGUCAUGUGGAAGCUUCGGAGAUUAGGAUUUAGGUACUUUAGCGAUUUCUGGCACAUCAAUGAGUUCUUCUGCCUGCUGACUUGCCUAGCCGCCAUUGCAAUUUAUGUGGUUCGUGAGGUGAUAUCACGUCUGACCAUGGCUAAGUUUCGGGAAAACCCUAAGCGUUAUGUCAGCUUUUACAACAUCACCAUUUGGGACGAAGUCCUCGUCAACCUCGUAGGGCUUCUCAGCUUUAUAUGCACAGUGCGCAUGAUCAGAAUCCUUGGUUACAGCAAGCGCUCUUCUGAUCUCAUGCAAGUGUUGAUGAACGCAGGAAAGGACUUGUAUUAUUUCAGUAUAAUGUUUUUCUUGCUUUUCGCCCCUUUCGCCAUUGUAGCCUUUGUGAUCUUUGGGCCUGUUAUUGAAGAUUACCGCGAUAUGUUGGUAACCACGGCAACUUUAAUCACGUGCAUGAUUGGACGAUCACCUUUCACGGAGAUGAGGUUAAUGGAGCCAUUUUUCGCUCAGGUCUACUUUGCUUCAUUCAUCUUUUUUGAGGUAUUUAUUCUGUUGACCAUGUUUCUGGCCAUUUUGAACGAGAGUAUCACUGCCGUGAGAGCUGAAGAAGAAGUGGACUACACACAACAUGACAUGCUAGACCUUUUGAUAGAAAAGUUCAAAGGUGCCAUAGGCUUGUUUCUUCCUAAGCGCCUAAAGCAGGUGGUGCAGGACUUGAGCAAAGAAGAACCUGCAAAAGAACUUGCAAAAGAACCUGAAAAAGAAACAUCAUCGCCAAAGACUAAGAAUCCAGACACAAAAUUGGAAAGCGACUCCAGAAGGGAUAUACUUAAAACUGCUGCCGAAGUUUUAUUCAUGAAGAAGGUGCUAGAAUCUAAACAGAAAUCAAAACGAAAGAGCAAGAAACACGAAGAUCCGAACGGCUCAAGGCAAAGCUGA